AUGACUGCUUUUAUAGCAGCGCUCUUACUGGCAGGCUCUGAGGCCGGUCCAUGUAAGCCGAGAGCCAGGACGACUGAUAUACUGACUACAAUUGAAAUCACGUCUUCUUCCGCCAAGGCGACCAGUACAGCCGAACCUAUCCUCUCAACGACCAACGUUUCCUCUGAUGGCUACUUGAUCUUUACUACCGACCAGUCAGAGAGUGAGACUUCAACUAUGUCAAGGGAUACUACUGCAACUAUUGCCUCGACUACGGUGACCUCCUCAAGUAUAGCUGUGGCGUCUUCAAUCUUCGAGAGCAACGUGGAGCCAACCACUGCAACAGAAGACGCUACAACUACUGCGGGUUCAACUAUUUUGACAGUAGAACCAAGCUCUACUAUCAUAGAUAGUACCACAGAGACAUCAACUAUCUCAGAUGCCACUACCACUUUGGCUGUUUUAACUACCGAGACCUCUUUAACCAGAGAGACGAGUUCCGAGAUGACUGAAAGUAGUUCGGAGGAAUCUACUGCUACAGAGGACUCUGCUACUAUUGCACUUUCAACAACUUCAGCUUCGGAACUAAGCUCUACUGUUAUCGACAGCAGCACUGAAAUAUCAACUAUCAUAGGAUACGCCACUACUACCACUGCUGCUAUUUCGAUUCCGGAGGUUUCUUCAACCAAAGAACUGACUUCUGAUUGUGUUGAGAAAUCGACCGCUACAGAAGGCUCAUAUACUACUGCAAUCUCAGUAACUUCAGCUACGGAACUAAGUUCUACUGUUGUCGAGAGUAGUACCGGGAUAUCUACAGUUACGGAAGACGCCACUUCUACUACCAUGAAAACUUCUUCAGUCGUUGAGAUUAGCUCCACUGUCAUCGAGAGUAGUACCGAGAUAUCAACCUCAUCACAAGAAUCCGCUGCUACAGCAUCCAUCUCAACUACAGAGCUAAUCCCCACCACUGUUGAGAGUACAACAACUUCUGAAGUCACAACCACAACCACUACAGACGCAGCUGGUCCUCCCACCGUCACAAAUCUUUCAUUCGACGACACUCUAGAACCUUGGACCGUCACCCAGCCUAAUCUCGUCUCACUAUCCCUCGACACCAACAUCAAGCACGAUGGCAGAAGCUCUGCACGUAUGAGCUUCUCCCCCGCUGGCGGAUCAACAAGCUACAUCACCCAGGUGUUUUCGUCGCCUCCUCAAGCUGGGGUUGGAUAUCCAGCUUCCGCGUGGGUGCGCCCUGGAAAUGGAUGCACCCUGGCGGUGCUGGGUUGUGCUUAUGGAAGUGCAGGGUUAUUCGCUGGACGGCGAAACCUUGUUGUUGCGGCGAUGGGUACGCAGCCGGGGACUAUCAAUCAGUGGCAAGAAAUAUCGUAUACAUGUACGUAUACUCAGAGCCAGAUCGAUCAGGGUGGUUUGGCUCUUAAUAUUGGGUUUAUGUGUAAUGCAGGCUCUGAAGCCUGGAUUGAUUCGGUUACGUUUUCAGAGCCCUAA